AUGUACGAGGCAGAUAUCCUCGUGGAAGACGGCGUAAUCACGAAACUCGAGAAGGACAUUAGCCCACCAGAGGGUGCAGAAGUGAUAGACGCUCAAGGAAAAUUGAUCUUUCCGGGCGGUGUGGAUUGUGACUGCCGGCUACUCAACCCAUCUGAUGAAAUACCUGUUGCCGACAACUUUAAGUCAGCCUCACUAGCUGCUCUCUGUGGAGGCACAACCACAAUUGGUGAGUUUAUCUCAACCUGUAUUUUUUCGUUGAAUGCGUUUACCAGACCCUUUGUUUGGUGUUUAUUCUGGCUACCUGGUCUCACGCAAUUUAGUCUACUUGAUUGUUUAGAAACCAUGUCAUCUAUGGGGAAAUUGUUGAAUCUGUAUCUAAAAUAA